UCUAGUUUCAAAUGAAAAUUUAUAUUUUAAGACAGCUCCUCCUGAUUCAAAUGAACACAUGUCUAGAGCGUAAGUUUUUCCUCCUAUAUUAAGCUGUUUUUCUAAUUAAACUUUUUCAGAUGAGUCGCCAAAUUGGAUCAAAGAAGUAUCGUUCCUAUUCUGUUGACACAUUGCAACAUGCAGUGAACUUAAUUUCAUGUCACUUAAUCAGGGAGCUGCAUCCUUUGGUAUUCCAAAGAGCACUCUAUCCGACAAAGUAAACCAGAAGACCGUUAUUGGUUGAAAAAGCGGCCCAGCUACCAUACUUACUACAGAAGAAGAAUCUUCUCUUGUAGAUUGGGCUCUACAUAUGACCAAAGUUUAGCUUGGACGAACCCGUAAUGAAUUGUUAGACACAGUAAAGGUUAUACUGGAUAAAGAUGGUCGACCAAACCCAUUCAAAAAUAAUCGGCCGGGAAAAGACUGGUAGUAUGCAUUUGUUAAAAGGCAUCCUCAAUUAGGAGAACGAACACCACAACAACUUGCUAAAGAACGAGCCAUUAUUACCCCAGCUAAGAUUGAAAGCUGGUUUCAGGAAUUCUGUAAUUUUAUGGCCGAGGAGGUAUCCGAUUCUUCCGUAUGAAACAACCCUGCUGGCUGGUUUAACGCAGACGAGUCGGGAUUACCAUUGUGUCCAAAAAGUGGUAAAGUUUGUCGCCAGGGGGUGUUCCGAAUAUAUACAACUUCACUGCUUCUGAUAAAACACAAGUAACUGUAUUAGCAUGCAUGAGUGCGGCAGGUCAGUUUUAAAACCUUUGAUUGUUUAUCCGGGUGUAAGGUUUAAUUAUGACCCUCCGGAAGGAUUUGCUGACGCUGUCUUUGGUAGGACAGAGUCCGGAUGGAUGGACUCUGAACUUUUUGUUACAUGGCUAACUGAGGUAUUUGAAACUGCGCUGUCUGAAAGGGAAAUCAAAAGACCUGUGGUCUUGUUUGUAGAUGGUCAUUCUACACACUGCACAUUAGAGGCCUCCAAGUUUUGUAGAGAUCACGAAAUAAUCCUUUACUGCCUACCUGAGCAUGCGUCCCACCUGCUGCAACCUUGCGACCUGAAACUAUUCAGCUCACUGAAGGAUUCCUGGAAACAAGCAGUACUUGAUUUCCAAAUAGCCAACAUAGGUGAAUACGUCACAAAACAAAAGUUUGCUGCCGUUUUUAAGCAAGCCUGGGAAAAGUCUACUACUGUUGAUAUAGCUGUAAAAGCUUUUCGUGACAGUGGACUUUUUCCAAUGAACCCAAAGAAGGUUUUAGGUACUAUUAAGAUGGAACCAAGUACAAUCUUUUCCAAGGCCAAUACAACAGAAGCUGCAGCAUCUUCUCAGGCAAAUCCAACAGAAAGUCCAGCACCUACAAUUAGAGGUGACAGCAAAUCUGACAAAGUUGCCUCCGGCCACCCACCUGAAACACUCGUGUCAGAUAAAGGUAGCAGCAGUUGUACAUCUAAAUCUGAAAGUCAUGUCAAGCUUGCUUCUAAUGCAGACACCAUUCUUGCAAGCAGCUCCGCUGAGCGUGUUUCAGGUGAGAACUUACCUCAAGCAAUUGCACCUAUUAUGUCGCCACCUUCUCAAAACGUAUCACCAGCUUUCACAGAUGUGUUGAAAUUUCCAAAAGCAUAACAAUCUGCUUGCAAAAGUAAACAAAAGCGAAUACCACUCCCAAAAGCAAUA